AUGUUGAGAGCCACGCUCUUCGAUUCCGCCCAAUCACAGAUUUCGAAAUCCCUCUCGGAAACAAAUUUGAAAGAUGUCGAGAUCAGGAGACUUAACGGAUUGCUCCUUAUACAGACGUUGGUAGAGCUUCGUAUUUAUGCAUGCAAUUCGAUCACUCGUGAAUAUAUUGACCUCUUUAUCCCUGCUGAAUACGUCUCGGCUUAUUUGUUGAGUUUCGGAUUUGGUGUGAGCGAAAUAAGUGGGCAAUAUAAGAUUGUCUGCGUUAACGCGGAUGAUGGAACGGGAACAUGGAGGCGCGUUGAAGCUGGCGCCACUUCCAGUUUCAUAUUCUGUUUCCAUGCUUAUAUUGAGUGUAACGGCAACCUCCAUUGGACGGUGGAAGAUUCUGCUGAAAACAUGUCUAUCUGUGCUUUUGAUCUCGAUACGGAACGUUUUAGCAUCUUCUCUGCACCUGCAAUAGAUGGACUUACCGAAGAUCGACAUGCUAUCGAUUUCAGGUUUAAUGUUUUGAGGGACUGCCUGUGUUUGUCCUAUACAUUGGACGAUAAGGUUGUCAUCUGGCAGAUGAAGGAACACCGAGUCGUGGAAUCUUGGACCAUGAUGUACCAUAUUAGUAUUGAUAUUGAUUGUGGUAUUGAUGAUUGUCAUUGGAAACUUAUGAAUGUUUAUCCAAUCAAACUUUUCGAAAACGGUGAUGUGAUCAUGUUUUUGGAAGAGAAGUGCCUCAUCUACUACUCCAGCAAGACGAGAAAUCUUCGAGAAGUCUGUAGGCUUACGGAAGGAACUUCAGAGGAUGACGAGGCAUGUGCCAUGAUUUACACUUCUAGCCUUUUCUCACUCAAGAGUUUCGGGGUUGAGAAUGUGAUAUCGUUCUAG